AUCUCCAUAGCAGGUUGUUGUUCUAGAAGUUUUACAAAAAUGUUGUUAUCAACAAUAUUAUUAGGUGCAGGGUUAAGUUUUACAAUAAUCUACUUAAUUCAUCGAUUGAUCAAAUGGAACGAAUUCAGAAAACAAAUCAACUUAAUACCUGGGCCAAAGGGUUUGCCAAUUAUUGGCAAUACCUUGGAACUUUUAGGAUCACAAGAGAAAAUAUUUAAAUCAAUGAGGAAAUUGUCACAAGAGUAUACUAAGAAUGGAACGGGCAAACUUUGGUUGGCACAUUUAGCUCAAGUGGGAACACAAAAUCCAGAUGAUGUUGAGAAGUUAAUUUCAUCCACAAAACACAACACGAAGAGUGAAAUUUAUGAUCAGCUGCACAUUUGGUUGGGUACCGGAUUGUUAACCAGCUAUGGUAGUAAAUGGCAGUCCAGAAGAAAAAUAUUAACCCCAUCUUUCCAUUUUAACAUACUUCAAGACUUCUUUCUCAUAUUCAUCGAACAAACAGAUAUUUUGGUUAAAGAGUUGAUAAAAAAUGAAGGACAAGUUGUUGAUGUUAUUCCACCAAUUACCCAGUUUACACUACACUCAAUUUUGGAAACUGCAAUGGGAACAACCGUUACUUCUGGAAACAAAGAACAAGAAAAGUACAAGGAAAGCGUUUACAAAAUGGGAGAAUUCAUCGUGUAUAGAAUUUCCAGGCCAUGGUUUUUCUUUGAUGCUAUAUUUGCUUUGACCAAAGGCUUUUGGGAGCAAAGAAGCCUGGCCAAAUAUUUACGCGAUUUUUCUUAUAAUGUAAUACAACAAAGAAGAGAUAGAUUCCAGAAAAUGUUAGCUGACAAACAAUUUGAGCAAUCCUCAUCGUACUCAACAAGAAAGAAGCUUGCCAUGUUGGACUUGUUGAUACGUGGUAAUAUGGAGGGAGUCGCAAUCGAUGAUGAAGGGAUUAGAGAGGAAGUUGACACAUUUAUGUUCGAGGGCCAUGAUACUACUUCAAUGUCAAUAUGUUUCACAUUGAUGCUAAUCGCAAAUCACAAGGAAAUACAAGAUAAAAUCUACGAAGAAAUUUUCUCGAUCUUUGGUGAUUCAGACAGAAAAAUUACAUUCACCGACCUCCAAGAUUUGAAAUAUUUAGAACGAUGCAUCAAAGAAAGCCUCAGGUUGUACCCAAGUGUUCCAAUGAUUUCCCGGAUUACCAGUGAAGAAAUUAUAACUUCAGAUGGUUACAAAAUACCACCGAAAACUUCAGUCAAUAUUUCUAUUUUCGAUAUGCAUAGAAAUGAAAAUUAUUUCGAAAAUCCGGAAGUCUUUGAUCCCGAUAGAUUUUUGCCUGAAAACACACAAAAUCGUCAUCCUUUCGUUUACAUCCCCUUCAGUGCCGGACCCAGAAAUUGCAUUGGUCAAAAAUUCGCUUUGAUUGAGAUCAAGACAGUUAUCACCGGAAUUUUGAGGAAUUUUGUAUUGGAGCCAGUGGACACACCAGAUACCAUAACCUUGAUAACCGACCUGGUUAUAAGAUCUAAAGAUGGUAUAAGAAUCAAAUUCAUUAAAAGGAAAAAUUAUUGUAAUUAAAAUAUAGUUUGUUAUGUAUGAUCAUUUUAUAUUGUAAU